AUGGCUAAAGCUUUUUUAACACUUGGUGGUAUUGAAGAUGGCUCCAUAUAUGCACAUCUUGGGCUAUCAUGUGCCAUUCUUUUUGGCACAAGUGGUGUAAAAUGUUUUACUGGACAAGGAGUUGAGAAAGUACAUGAUGUCAUACGGAGACUUUACCACCAAAAAAGCAACAAGUAUGAUGCCUGUACAGAUGGACUUCAAGCUGUAAAAAGACUUGAUGACCUACAAGACUUUGACCGAAAACCCAGAAGUUACAAGCAACAGGAUGACCACGGCUUAGUGUUACCCCACUGGAUGAUGAUGAUGAUGAGAAUGUUGACAACAUGA